AUGAUCACACAAGACAUUCAAACUGAGAAUAGUGAUAAAAGUAAAAAUAUUCAAGAAACUGAACAAAGCAAGAACUCUUUUGCCUUAUUCACAGUAGCAAGAAUAGAUAAAUCAAACAUAAAAAUGAAAAAAUCAAGCAAAAGCAACCAAACAAAACCCAAAUCCAGUGGACAAUGGAAUGAAGUCUUAUAUAAAAACAUACUAGUCAAUAGG